GCUAUGACUACAACAAUGGCAUUGAUUAUCAGAAGCUCUUGGAAACUUACAGAUAUUCAGGAUUUCAAGCAACUAGUUUUGGCUGUGGAGUAGAGGAGAUCAGGAAAAUGAUUGAGUGCAGGGAAUCAUCAUUACCUGAAGAAUUCACUCCUGAUUCAGAAGAUGAAUUUAUUAAAAUCAGAAAUAACUGCACCAUUUUUCUUGGUUAUACGUCCAAUAUGGUGUCUUGUGGAGUCAGGGAGACAAUAAGGUUUCUUGUAGAGCACCAUUUAGUGGACUGCCUUGUUACAACUGCAGGAGGUGUAGAAGAAGAUCUCAUAAAAUGCCUGGCCCCAACUUACCUUGGUGAUUGGUAUUUGAAAGAGGAGUUACGAAUGAAAGGGCUCAAUCGAAUUGGCAAUCUCAUUGUGCAUGAUAUUUUUGUAAAAUUUUAGGAUUGGGUAACACCACUACUAAAACAAAUGCUUGAAGAACAACAGUCUAAGGGAAUAGUAUGGUCCCCAUCCAAAAUAAUUGCACGUCUAGGUGAAGAAAUAGGAGAUCCUUCCUGUAUUGCGUAUUGGGCAGCUAAGAAUAAAAUUCCAAUUUUUAGUCCUGCAUUGACUGAUGGUAGUCUUGGAGAUAUGAUGUAUUUCCAUAGCAUAAAGAAUCCAGGCUUGAUUGUAGACAUCAAUUCUGAUCUAAGAAGACUCAAUCAAUUUGCUAAGAAAUCUCUAAAUACUGGUAUGGUGAUAGUAGGCGGGGGAAUCAUCAAGCACCACAUAUGUAAUGCUAAUCUCAUGAGAAAUGGUGCAAAUUUUUCAGUGUUUCUGAAUACUGCAAGUGAAUGGGAUGGCAGUGAUAGUGGUGCUCGACCAGAUGAAGCAGUCUCUUUGGGAAGAUUUAAAUGGAUUCACCCCUUUUUAAAUCUAUGGGAAGCAUCAUUUGUAUUCCCAUUGUUAGUUGGAGAAACAUUUGCAACUUUAUCAUGGGAAAAAGGCCCACAGAAAAUGCUGCUUAUAUGA